AUGAGUUCUUCAUCUAGUUCUUCAUCAUCGAGAUCUUCAUCAAGAUCCUCUUCUUCAAGUUCAUCAUCUUCAUCAAGAUACUCUCACAAAAAACAACAGAAAAGAAAAAACAAAUAAAAAGAGGAUUAAGAUGCUGGCCAUUUUGAAUAUCAAAUAGGUAUGAAAAUAAAAGCAGGAUAAUUUGUAAUCACACGAUUCUUAGGAGAUGGUACUUUUGGUCGUGUUUUAGAAGUUAAAACUUGUAAUAAUACUUGUAAUAAUUAUUAUGCCAUGAAAGUAAUAUUAUUUGGAUUUAUAAGUGUAUAAGGGCUGUAGAAAGGUACAUAGAAUCGGCAAAAAUAGAAACUAAAAUAUUGUGGUAUAUUUAAGAUAAGGAUAAGAGUGGUGCAUUUAAUAUUGUUAGACUUUUUACAUCGUUUGAAAGAUAUGACAAUUAUUUCAUGGUUUUUGAGAGGGUAUUUCUAAAAUAAUCAUUAAGUUAGGGAAAUCAUUAUAUGACAUAAUAAAAUAGAAUAAUUAUAUUGGUUUCCCUAUGAAAUAUGUUUAAUCAUUUGCUAAAUAGAUUAUCAUCUCUGUUGCUUUCCUUCAUUAAAAUUAACUCACUCAUACAGACCUUAAACCUGAAAAUAUCUUAACUACCAAUUGUGAAUAUAAACUUAUUCCUUUUAAAGGAAAAUAGUAUUAAUUUAUAUUCCAUUUUAUUUAGAAUUUGGGUUCCUGAAAGAGAAAUUCUUAAAAUCAUAGAUUUUGGAGGAGCUACCUUUGAUUAUGAAUAUCAUAGUACAGUAAUUAACACAAGAUAAUAUCGUGCUCCUGAAGUCAUUAUGGGUUAUCCUAAAUGGAAUGAAAAUAGUGACAUUUGGUGUAUAGCAUGUGUCUUACUUGAAUUAUAUACUGGUAUUAUAUAAUUUUUAAUUACUUUUUAGGUGAAUUGUAUUUCUAAAAUAAAGAUGAUUUAGAACAUAUAGCCAUGAUUGAAAAAGCUAUUGGACCUAUGAAUUACCGUCAUUUCAAGAAUUCCAAAUAUAAAACAUCCUUCAAUUAUGAUUAAAAGUACACUUAUUGAAAUUAGAGGUACUUUGAUUAGCAUCGAUCCUAUUUCAAAUGGAAUUCUGUAGCACCAAGUGAUUCUGCUAUUGAAAGAGUAAAGAAAUUGAAAACUUUCGAAGAAUUAAUACCAGCAAAACAUGCCCUUUUUAUUGAUCUAAUUAGAAAGAUGCUUUGUAUAGAUCCUGAAGAAAGAAUGCC